AAGUAUUCAUAAGUAUUCGUACACCAACACUACUCUAAAAUCUUUUUUUUUCUUUCCUUUCCAUUUCUUUUCCAUGCUUUUCCAAUUCGUCUAGUCUCUAGAUUUCAGAAUCAACACGGUGCAGUGCAAACAUUCGCCAAUAUGCAACUCCAAAUCAGAGGUCAAGAGACACAUGUUGUCGAUUGUCAAGGCAAUGAAACAAUUGUUGACAUCAAAGCUAAACUCUCAGCAAUUGAAAGUGUUGGAACAACUGAGUUCACCCUUUACUGUGCUGGUGCACCAUUAUCAGAUGACACUUGUGUUGCUGAUUUAGCUUCAUCCAGUCUUGAUUUGACUGUUCCACUUCUUGGAGGUAAAGUGCAUGGUUCUUUGGCUCGUGCCGGUAAAGUUAAGGGACAAACCCCAAAGGUUGAAAAACAAGAAAAAAGCAAGAAAAAGACUGGACGUGCUAAAAGACGUAUCCAGUACAACCGUAGAUUUGUUACUGUUGUUCCAACAUUCGGACGCAGACGUGGACCAAAUGCUAACCCCAAUUCAUAGAUAUUUUCUAAAUAAUUAAUUUAUAAUUUUCAACUUUUUAAUCUAACUAAAAUUUAAAUUGGUUAUUUAAAUAAAAAAUGAAUAAAUAAAA